GUCAUGUCCUAAUGAUUAACCCCCUCAGUUCUGGACUCUGGUUUUGGGCAGGAUUUUCUUCUAAUGAGACUCUUCCAGUAGUGCCUUAAGAAUAGCUCAAGGAGAGCAUUUUGCUAUAGUUAUUACCAAAAACCACAGAAUUUUCUCUUAUGCUCCAAUUCCACUCUACAUUCAAUCGAAAAUCUCAUUCUGUAGUAGAAAUCUUAAUUGGGCCAUCCAAUAACGAGUAUUUAUCCAUUUGAGGACAAAGUAGUUCAGCUGAUUUCAGUUCCACAGUGAUGCAUUUCGCUAAAUUGUGGUCUAAACUGACAUAAAUUAGCUAUAAGGUUCAUAGCUAUAAACUCUUCACAUGCAGCUGAUUUAUCAUUUUGGAACUAAAACCAAGCCAAAGUGGUUCAGUCGCAAGAACAAGAAAGUGCAUUAAACAAGCCUAGUUUUGGUCUAAAACUACAUGUCUGGUAAGAGUAAGGAGAAGCAUAUGUAUGGGUGACUUAAUAUCUUGGUUAGCAAUAUUUCUUCUCAUUUAGCCACAACCCAGUUUUCAUGCUGGUUAUAGCAGGGUACAGUUGCCUUCUGUAGAGCUACAGAAAUCCAAAAGCUUUUCUAUGAAGUAACUACUAUCAGGUUUUAGGAGCCUCCUAAAAGAAGAGGACCAGUAGUAUAGAAGAGGAUCAAUUCUCACAUUGUCUCCUGACAUACCUGCAUUUGGAUAAAAACAGACCUUUUAAAAGGAACUUUUCUCUAUUAUAGGAUUUUUUUUCCUUGCUACAGGAUACUUUAAGAAGCCACCUGAGCUUGCUUCAGUGCUGCUUUGAGCAGCAAAAAGCAUUUCUCAGCUCAGGAGGCAAUCCAACUCACACCAUCCACAAAUUCACCACAUUAUAUGGUUAUUGCCUGCAAAGUAUGAAAGAAACUUCAGCAACAGACUAGCAUCUGCAAUAAUUCCUAUUGCAGGCAGUUCAGAACAACGCAAACAUUUGCUCUGAUCACUCACUAGCAGUUGCUCAUGGUAGUCCAGAGAGAUCCACAAGAAUCACAUCUGAGAGUGUCAGCACAUUAAUUAAUUCUCGUGUGCCUCUGUUUUGCCAGCCUAGUAAAUAAAAUCUGCAUGGAAAUAGGGCAAGGACCUGUGCUUUCUGCACUGCUUUUCAGAGCUGAGAAGCAGUUUCUUCAAGAAGUGCACCAGGGCUACAAGAAAGCUGCUAAGGAACAAUUUUUUAGGACUGCUGGUGAUCUAACAAACACAGUCAUUUAACAUGUUACUGUGUGAAAACAAACAUACAACUCAUCACAUAUCAUUUAUUAUUUCCACUUCUCAUUUCUUUGUAUGCACUCUGUAUUGGCCAGUCAUAUAUCUCAAAUUUGACCAGUAUGCUCUAGUCUGAAGAGGAAGAACACAAAGUGUAAUAAAAGUUGCCCCAUCACAGAGAGGAUAUAAAACAUACUGUACUGUAAAAAUCACAGACAAAACAGUUCAGUGAGUUCUGUGCAAGGCUGUUUGCCUGUGUGUUCAGCCCUAAGACAGGACAUGUUUCAUGCUUUCUGAAUCACUAAUUUCAGCAGGUUAUCUGAAAAAAAACCAACAACUCAAAAACAGAACAAAACCAAGAAAAUAGAACAAAACCUCAAUAUCAACAACACUCUCUUUUUCUUUUCCACACUUCAAAGUCCAAAAUGCACUGGGUCAUUAUUACUCUGGGAUGUGCAAGGAGGCAAAACAUGGGUGAAAAAUAGACACUCUUUGAAGAUGAUGGAAGCAAGAGAAGUGUGGUGAUCCCAGCCCAGAGAGCCCUGUACAUCCAGGAGUCAGUGAUUCACAGUUAAGUGGAGCAGGCCCAGGACUGUGCUGUGCUGCUUCCACGCCUGGAUUGUGUUGCAUGAAACCCUUUGUUUUUUGGAAGCAGGAUGAACUUCACUCGCUCCUUGGCACAGAGUGCAGGCAUUUAUAGCACGUGCGUGGCCUUGCCCUUAUCUAGAAGUAUACAAGGAGUAUACCUCUCUUGUGAACAUCCUUUAUAAAUAGCUGUUUUCAUGUAUGGAAACUAAAAUACUGCAACCAAAGAGGAGCCUUUCUCCAGAAAUGGGAUCUGUGCAGCCUGCCAAGGGAGAAGUCCAUCCAGGGUCAAUCCAGUGCUGCAAGAACGUGGACAUCAUGGCUUCUGAUUUACUUGCUAUCUCUCUUGGUCUUUACUCUGUCUUUUUAAAACAUUAAAUUUAUUAAGUUAUUUGUUUUCAGGCCUUUCUUACUCAGAUUCAGAGAAAAACCCUGCACUGACUGGCUGAAGGGUAAAACUGAACUGUAAGCUCUGUGUUGCAUUGCAGUGGGUUAUAGAGUAGGUGGGUGACAAUACCUCUGUUUUGUUAUAAAACUUGCAAGAAAUACGAGGUGAAAAGAUACAUGUUUUAAUUUUGUAUUAAUCUAUGCAAAAUAAAUACAAAAUAGGAAAAGGUUUUAUUGUGAUGUUGCUUAAAGCAUUUAUGGCAUUGUGAAAAAUGGCUCCAAGUUAGAAGCAAGAGGAAGAAAUAAAGGAAAAGCUACUGCCUUGAAAGUAAGGGCAGCAACUUAAAGCCCUGCUCCUAAGAAAGCCAAUGUGAUCCUUCCCUGAAGCCUUCCAGAUGUUACAUAAUUAUUACUUUAGCGUCCCUGGAAGCAGAUCUCCUACGAUAAACUAAUUAAAAGUAACAAAAGGCAACAGAAGUUCAAACAGGAUACAUUUGUGUUAUCUUCAGGCAUGGAGCUGCUCCUUUUCUUCUUUUUGCUAUGUCAUUCUUCAAAGAUAAAAACCACAUUUAGCUAUAGACAAUACAGAAAAAUGAAGAUUGCCUCACUAUUUAUGUCUGAAGAGUUUCACAAGAAUUGCUCAGGCUUAAACUUGCCCACUUUUGGAAAAGAAGUUUCAAUAUCUUUUGUGAUAGUUUGUCAUGGCACCUGUGGCUCCUGCCCUGCCUUUUCAGUGCUCCUUCUGCAUGUGACACAGACUUGGUCAUCCCACAACACUGCAAAUCUUCCUUAAUAAAAUCUUGUAGGAUUUCAGAGGCACUGUGGGAGUUUUCAAAAUGCAAAACCCCUCUCAUGUGCUAAAGGCAGAGAAACAAGGUGCCAGCUCUUCAGGUGAAAGACGUAGUGGAGAAUAAAUAAGGGCAGGGCAAACAGAGGGAAAGGAGGAGUAGACCAAAGGGCCUUGAAAAAAGCGAGUACUUCACUUUUGUCCCUGCUAGCACAGGACAAUUUUCUCUUUUUAGGUUGCUUUUGGCUGUGCUGUUCUUAGAAGCAGUGUGUGUAUUGACAAUUUUCUUUCACCUGCACCACACUUGUAUAUGCUAUCAAAGCAAUUUCCAAAAGGACCCCGUUUUCCUGUGAAAAACGAGAUUUGCAUUUUGGACUUUUUUUUUUUAUGCUUAAUAAGGGAUAAAAAAAUUAACCAGUGCUGGGGUGCCCUUGGCACUUGGCCAAAAAGCACCGGUAAAGUCGGAGAGUGGCAUCUUUAUACUGUUACAUUACUGAGGUACAUACAUAUUCAUGGACUUCAUACAUUGUUCAGACAUUCUUGUGAGUUUUUGGUGUUUCAGAACUCUUUGGUUUGUUUUCUUUACACUCUAACUUUUCUGCAUGACAUCCUCUGAAAUAUGUUUUAUUUCUUCUUGUGUCUUCAUCCUGUUGUUCCACAUCCUCCGAUAAGGGGUUAACAAAUUCUUCUACGAUUCUUGUCCGGUGUGCUGCAUUUGUCACUGUUAUCUCUUGGAGAGGUCAGUCAGCAGAUGUGGAAAUCAACAUAAUUGUUUCCCACCAUUCUUUCAGUCACAUAGAAGCAUUUUAAACGUUUACUGCUUUUGCUAAGGCCUAAGAUACAAUGUAUUCAUCACACCACUAUUUCUAUAAACUAUAAGGUACAUACUUAAACGAAUAGAUUAUACUAACGGACAGCUAAAUGGAAUUAUACAUUGUACUAUAUCCUAAUAUUUAUGGUCAAUACCAGCACGCAAAAACUAAUGCAUAAAUGCGAAAGCCACUACUGCGAUGUUUUUAAUAUCCCCCUCUGUCGAUGCACCAUUCUCGUAGUGUUACGGUGCUCUUGGAGGCCGGUUUGCCGCCUGUCAGUGUUCGCGUCCCUGCCGCGUCCCGCCCCUGCCGGGGGCGCUCCCCGGGCAGAGCGGAGCCAAGGCCACGCACCCGCGGCGGCGACAGGCACUCCGGGAUAGUGGCACUCACAGGAUAGUUGGGGCUGGAAAGGACCUCUGGAGAUCACUCGGUACAACUCCCUUGCCAAGUCACGCAGCGCAGGUGACUCAGGAACGCGUCCAGGCAAGGAGCGCAGCUGCUGCGACGCGUGAGCCUGACUCGCCUUGAAAAGCGUUCAAUUACCGGGACCGGGACGAGCCGCUCGAUUCCAGGCGGGCGUCGGGAACUCUGCUGAAGUUCUGACUGCUCGGGACUGUGCCUGCCUGCUGAUCCGGGUGAGAUCUCGCACCAGCUGUGGAGAUGACUACAGAAGCAGAGCAGCAGCUUCUCCAUGAUGCUAGAAAUGGAAAUGUUGAGGAAGUUAAACAGCUGUUAGAUACCUUGGACAAAGGAGAAAAAAGCUUUGAUAUCAACUGUAAAGGCAGAAGUAAGUCUAAUAUGGGUUGGACGCCUCUUCACCUUGCUUGCUACUUUGGACAUGCUGUUGUAGUAGAGGAUUUGCUGAAGGCUGGUGCAGAUGUGAAUGUGCUGAAUGACAUGGGGGACACUCCGCUCCAUCGUGCUGCUUUCACAGGGCGUAAGGAGGUGGUUAUGUUACUCUUGCAGCAUAAUGCUGAUCCUUCUGUUGUUAAUGGCAGUGGAGAGACUGCAAAAGAAGUUACUCAUGACAAAGACAUAAGGACUAUGUUGGAAGCAGUGGAAAGGACACAAGAAAGAAAAUUGGAAGAGCUCCUCUUGGGAGCAGCAAGAGAGGGGGAAACAGGGAAACUGACUGCCUUGUUAAAUAAGCGCAAGCCACCUGAUAUCAACUGUACAGAUCAGAUGGGGAACACGCCCUUGCACUGUGCAGCAUACCGUGCUCAUAAGCACUGUGCAUUGAAACUUCUAAAAAAUGGAGCAGAUCCUAAAAUAAAAAACAAAAAUGAUCAGACACCCCUUGAUCUAGCCCAAGGUGCAGAAAUGAAACUGAUACUGGCAGGUAAAACUGGAAAGGUUAUCAACAAACCCCUGAGACGAUAUGAAGGUCUCCUGUGGAAGAGCUCACGAUUUUUUGGUUGGAAACUCUGCUGGGUAGUUCUAGAACAUGGAGUGCUUUCCUGGUAUCGGAGACAAGCUGAUGCAGUGAAUAAUGAUCAUCGUCAGGGAUGCAAGCAUCUCACACAAGCUGUCUGCACGGUAAAAUCUACAGACAGUUGCUUCUUUUCUGUCAGAUGUUUUGAUGACACUGUUCAUCGUUUCAAGAUUCCUAAAAAUAGCCUUCCUUCUCAAACGAGAGAGAGUUGGCUAGAAGCAAUAGAAGACCACUCUGCAUAUAGCACUCAUUACUGCACACAGGAACAGCUGAGUAGUGAUGAUGAAGAUGAUGCAGUAUCUGUUACAGACCUACAAGACACUCUGAAAAAAGCACAAGCAUGCCAACAGAGACUCAGUAAAGAGGUGUCAGACUUCCUUGCAAUGGUUAAAGCUUUGGAUGCUACAAAAGGAAUAUCUUCUCCCCUCCUGCAGCAAGUUGAUGUGGUCUCUGAAGUAUCCCAGGAAACAUGUGAGGCUCUGGCUGAGUGCCUCGACCUAUUCACAAAGCAAGAAGGGGUGAGGAAUUUGAAACUGGAGCAUGAGCAGGAGAAAAACAAGAUCUUGUCAGAAGCAUUAGAGACACUCGCUACCGAGCACCAUGAACUAGAGCAGUCUCUGGUUAAGGGAUCUCCACCUCUCAGCAUCCUCAGUGAAGAGCAGUUCUAUGAUGCUGUUUCAGAUUCAGAAUCUGAAAAAUCAUUAAGUGGGUUUGAAACAACAGCAGCCUACUCGUUAGAAGACAGCAUGGAUUCAAAAGAUACAAUAACUUCAAGCGUGUCUGAAGAAAAGGUGUGUGGCAGUGGGGAGUCGCUGUCAAACGGAAUCAAAAAACACAGAACAAGCUUACCAUCUCCAAUGUUUUCCAGAAAUGACUUCAGUAUCUGGAGUAUCUUAAGAAAAUGCAUUGGCAUGGAGUUGUCAAAGAUCACAAUGCCGGUUAUAUUCAAUGAGCCACUGAGCUUCCUCCAGCGACUCACAGAGUACAUGGAGCACACAUACCUCAUCCACAAAGCCAGUUCACUUUCCAGCACAACCGAGCGAAUGCAGUGUGUUGCUGCAUUUGCUGUGUCUGCUGUAGCCUCGCAGUGGGAACGUACUGGGAAGCCGUUCAACCCAUUGCUUGGAGAGACCUAUGAACUGAUCAGAGAUGAUCUUGGAUUUAGACUUCUCUCAGAGCAAGUUAGCCAUCAUCCACCGAUCAGUGCUUUCUAUGCUGAAGGCUUAAAUAAUGAUUUUGUGUUUCAUGGAUCAAUUUAUCCUAAACUCAAAUUCUGGGGCAAGAGCGUGGAAGCAGAACCAAAAGGCACGAUGACUUUGGAGCUUCUUGAGCACAACGAAGCCUACACAUGGACAAACCCUACGUGCUGUGUGCAUAACAUUAUUGUGGGCAAACUUUGGAUCGAGCAGUAUGGAAAUGUGGAAAUAACUAACCAUAAAACUGGUGAGAAAUGUGUGCUAAGCUUCAAGCCCUGCGGCCUGUUUGGGAAGGAGCUGCACAAAGUUGAAGGCUACAUUCAGGACAAAAGCAAAAAGAAACUCUGUGCAUUGUAUGGGAAGUGGACUGAGUGUUUGUACAGUGUUGACCCAGCUACAUUUGAAGCUUACAAGAAAAACGACAAGAAAAAUACAGAAGAGAAGAAAAGCAGCAAACAGGUGGGCAAUACUGAGGAAUCAGAUGAGAUGCCAUUGCCAGACUCUGAGAGUGUGUAUGUCAUUCCUGGAAGUGUUUUGCUAUGGAAGAUAACUCCAAGACCUCCAAAUUCAGCACAGAUGUAUAAUUUUACAAGCUUUGCUAUGGCUUUGAAUGAGUUGGACAAAGAAAUGGAGAGCGUCAUUCCCAAAACUGACUGCCGGCUACGACCAGAUAUCAGAGCUAUGGAAAAUGGAGAAAUAGAUCUGGCUAGUGAAGAAAAGAAGAGGCUAGAAGAAAAACAGAGGACCGCCCGCAAAAAUCGUUCAAAGUCAGAGGAAGACUGGAAGACGAGAUGGUUCCACCAAGGCCCAAAUCCCCACACUGGUACACAGGACUGGCUUUACUCUGGCAACUACUGGGACAGAAACUACUUUAACUUGCCUGAUAUUUAUUAAAAUGCAGUAAGGAGCCUCUGACUGAUACGAAUAAGUCUUAAUACGUUUUAAUGUUUUCCCUUGUUCUACUUAUCUCCUGAAAAUACUGACAGGUUAUCAAACAGAAUACUAAGCAUCUCUGCAAUAAAUCUGGUGGUACAUGAUCUGCAGUCCUAAAGGUAGGGGAAUAUAACGUUUGUGGCUGAUGGUGGGUCCUGCAUGGACGAAGUUGCGGUGGUUUCAAGCUGCCCUGAGUACACCUAUAUUAGGUUGUGGUGUAUGAGGAAUAGAACACCUUCAGCUGUUCUGUGAAUACUUUAUUUUGUAGAUAACAUUGGCACAAGUAAAACUGGUUUUAUUUAUUGUGACAUGGGAAUGUUUAAAAAGCACACCAAGUAAUUGCAAUAUUCUAUUCUUAAAUGAAAAAGAGAGAGUCACUUCUGUAAAGAUGAAAUUUUUCAUAAAGUGACUUUUCUUCUACUAAAGUAAUUUUCUUGAAGCCUGAGCUCUGCUCAGGAAAUUCCAGAAAUGUUCCCAUCUCUGGAGCAGUAAUGCAGUUGUUUAAGCUGGUAACAUUACUCAGAGAUUAUUUAUUCAAUGUUUUGUGCAGUGUGUUUUGAAUUUUGCUCUCCUGUUUUGCUAUCAACCUUAUGGUUUAAGGAAUUAAGAGCCAUUUAAAUAUCUACAGAUUUGAUUUGAACUGCACACUAGUAACAGGUUUUAAAAGAAUCUGUUUCAUGCACUAGAAGUUCCGGUGCCCAGCACCACUGCUAGAACCUAAUCAGUCCAGGAAUGACCUGGUGGAGCGUGGCAGGGGGACAGGACUGUGUCUGUACUGUACAAACUCCCUAGGAGGAAGUCUUGUGCAUUUCAAAGGUAGUACAGCACCUCAGUGAGGGCUCCUGUGCACAGCUGCUUUACCCCUUUUCAGUGGGGUGCAUUCAAACUUAGUCUGUUUAUAUUGAACUGUGUACAGAGCUUCUAGAGGGCAAGCUGCUCUUUGUAUUAUAUUUUAACUGCUGUCUGGAGGUUAGUGUUAAUUGAAUAAUUUAAUUGCUACUAAAUAAAGGCUUCAAAACUUCU